AUGAAAGAUAAUCUAAUAUGCUUUGCAAUCACAAUCAGCGUAACCACAAUUAUUAUGUGUAUUGCCGGAAUAAUUUGCCUGAAUAUUCAAUUACAAUCAAUGUGGGAUGAAUUGGGAAUUGAAAUAAAACAAUUUAAUAUUAAAACAGAUAAUAUAUGGGAAGGUAUGCUUUCUAUGGGGGCUGGUACCCCAUCAAAUCGGCAAAGACGACAAAUUUAUGGAGGGUACGGAGUACAGCAGCAACAACACCAGACACACAAUAUAUUUACGGCAAAAGUUGCCACUGGGCCGUUGAAGGUUUCACUAGGCAGUUCCUGCAAUUGUAUUUCCCUAAAUGAUUGUCCUGCUGGCCCUCCUGGAUUUCCAGGCGUGGUAGGUCCUCCAGGGGAACGGGGAAUUGGUGGUGUACCAGGAAUUCCCGGACAUGAUGCAAUGGAUGUAAAUAGUGCAAUCUCCAAAGGCUGCUUUAACUGCCCUGUUGGACCUCAAGGAACUCCUGGAAAAGAAGGCAAUCCAGGCAUAAGAGGACCACGGGGACCUAAUGGAAUUCCAGGGGAAAUAGGGAAGCCUGGAAAAGCUGGAGACGUUGGUAAGGAUGCGGAAAAAUUAAUAGGACGUAAAGGAGUGCGUGGAACAGCUGGACCUGAAGGACCUCCAGGCCAAAUAGGCGAAAAAGGAUUAGAUGGAGUGCAAGGCAAACAAGGGGCGAAAGGUCCACCAGGAACUCCUGGAUCGCAAGGUCCGCCAGGCCCUGAUGGUGAAGAAGGAGGCCGAGGCGUAGUAGGCAAGCAUGGCCAAGACGCGGAGUAUUGGUGA